CCGCCUUACUUUUGCUGUGCGUCACGUCCGUUUCCGUGUGCCGGAGAGAGGCCGAGGCGGGCAGGAUGAUUCCCCCGGUGGAGGUCUCUCCGUUGAUCAUGUUCACCAGGUACUCGGCAUUGCUCAUCGGAAUGAUCUAUGGAAAGAAAAGAGAUGACUACUUGAAGCCUAUUGCUGCGGAGGAACGGAGAAUAGAAGAGGAAGAGAAGAAGAAACGUGAAGAAGUGGAAUGCAUUGCAAAAGCACUGGCAGAAGCUAGCGAAGAUGCAAUACUGAAAUAAAACCAACUGUUGUCGGCUUCACCUUUAUUGUCUAGAACUUCUGGAGUAGAUAAUUUUGACUUGGCUAUGAACUCUUUGCAUAAAUAAACAUUUUGUGA